AUGAAGGUGACUAUAUUGUCAAAAGAACUUAUUGGGCCAUCUUCCCUAACCCCUUCACACCUCAAAACCUACAACUUGUCCUGCCUUGAUCAAUGCUGGCCUCCUUGUUAUUUCCCUUUCAUUCUUUGCUACUCAUAUAGUAAUAUUGAUCAUGAUCAUAAUCAAUCCACCAACGUAUUAACACCCUCCAAUAUGACCAUUCUAUUAAAAACCUCACUCUCCAACACCUUAACUCACUUCUAUCCUUUGGCUGGAAGGUUAUCCAAGGACGGUAACACCGUUGACUGUACUGAUGAAGGGGUUCGGUUCUUGGUGGCCCGAGUUGAUGAAUCUAGUCUUUCUGACUUUGUUAAAAAUAAUCCAACUACUGAACAAGUUAAGAAACUUAUGGUGGCUGAAUUACCAUCAUUUUCUGCUGAUGAACCAUUAGCCAUUCAAGUUAAUAUCUUUAAUUGUGGUGGAAUUGUAGUUGGUGUAUCUCCAUUGCAUAAAAUAGGGGAUGCUUGUAGUUUUUCAUCAUUUGUAAGCCAUUGGUUCGCGACAGCCAAAGGAUUAUCGACUGAGAGUACUAAUUCUAGUCCAGUAUUGACGCGUCCAUUUCUUGAUUCGGCGGUUUUGUUCCCUCCAAUGGAUGAUCAGUCUGCACAUACGUGCAGUCAGAACCAAAAGGGUCCAAAAGUUCAUGUUGCAGAAUCAGAGAGUCAUGUAACAAAACGGUUUAUCUUCAGUUCCUUAACGAUAAACAAAUUGAAAUACCAAUUAAUGAGCACAAUGAAGCUGCAAGAAAAACCACCUUCAAAGGUUGAGGUGGUAACCGCUUUGAUCUGGAAAUUUGGGACCCAGGCUUUCAAUGACUGUAAAGCCUCGGUUGCUUCCCAUGUUGUCAACUUUAGAAAAAAGAUGGUCCCUUCAUUACAAAAUUAUCAAUUUGGCAAUCUUAUACAAAUGGCUACGACAGCGAUAGCACAUCAAAAUGGAUUGGAAGACAUGGCUUGUCUUGUGACAAAGUUGAGGGUAUCGUUUGGGAAGAUUGAUAGUGAGUAUUUGAAGAUGCUAACAGGUGAAAAUCGGGUUGAGAUAGCAACACGUAAUUUCACAGAAAGGAACAAAUAUAUGACUGAGGAUCAGAAGGAUGGUGAUGAUCCUGUAAGGAUCUUCAAGUUCAACAGUUGGUGCAAACUUGGAUUUACUAGAAAUGAUUUUGGUUGGGGAAAGCCCAUAUGGGUUUGUUGCACUGGUAAUCCUUAUAACAAUUAUGGUGUUUUUCUUAUAGAUUCAGUUUGGGAUGAUGGAAUUGAAGCUUGGGUUACAUUGAGUCUUGAUAAUAUGCACAAGUUUGAGCACAAUGCUGUGCUCCAACAAUUUUUCGGUUAA